AUGGGGCCAGGCGCUUCAUCAGGCAUACUUCUUGGAGCCACUACUCUGCCCAGCGUCAUGCUUUCUCGGUUAAUUCAACUGUCGAGGCUCUUACCAACUGAUCCUAAUGGACCUAAAGAAUUUGCAUACCUGGAAAUGCAGUACUGGGCAGCAUCAAUCAGCUGUCUCAGUCUGCUAGCUUUAUUCCUUUGGCAUCUACGGAAGUCUCCCAGCAAUGGAAUUUCUAAACGUUUGGAGUACGGCUCAUUGUUGAUAGUUUUAUAUCUCAUGACAUUCUUUUUGUCCUUUCUACUGAAGACUGAUGGAGGCCUGAUGGUAAUGACCGAUAUGGUGUAUAUGCUCUGUCAUGGAGUGGCUGCUGUGAUCUUAAUCAAGCAUAUUCUAGAGAAGUUUCCCUCAUGCGCAUCUUUUGGGGAGGCGCUUCUGGUGUCAGGUGGUCUUGUUCUCUACUUUGGUGAUAUGUUGGCACAUACACUUUCAAAGCCUGCUUUCUUGGACUUGGCAUUUGGUGCAGCAUUUGCAGUCUUCUCGAUAUUGGAGAUGAUACGAUUUAUGAACGCCUUUACCGAUCAUCGUGAUUCUGAGAUUCUUAUUGUCAGCCAUUUUUCACUCUUACUGGGCUGCGCACUUCCCAAAUGGAUGUCAUCUGGAUUAAAUGAUCGACCACUUGCCCCUUUUGCUGGAAUUCUCAGCUUGGGGAUAGGUGAUACCAUGAAAACAAUUGAAGGCACGGCAGCGGGCAUAACUUCGGUGCUAGCAGCCUGGUCGAUCCUGGUGUCACUCUUAGCUUCCAGUGGGUACAUUCUUUCGCAGAAUUGGUUCACUUCUGAUAGCUGUCACAUUGAGUGGAUUGUUGGAGGCAUACACUGCACAGCUGGACAAUGCCUUCAUCCCCCUCGUGUUCUAUAG